AUGUCUGGAUGUAUUACCGUAUCUAAAACGUCUGGCUGUAUUACUCUAUGUAUAAUGUCUGGCUCUAUUUCUGUAUCUAUUACGUCUGGAUGUAUUACUGUAUCUAUAAUGUCUGGCUGUAUUACUGCAUCUAUUACGUCUGGAUGUAUUACUGUAUCUAUAACAUCUGGCUUCAUUACUGUAUCUAUAAUGUCUGGCUUCAUUACUGUAUAUAUUACCUAUAACGUCUGGCUGUAUUUCUGUAUGUAUAGCGUCUGGAUGUAUUAUUGUAUCUAUAAUGUCUGGCUUUAUUGCUGUAUCUAUAACGUCUGGCUGUAUUACUGUAUGUAUAACGUCUGGCUGUAUUACUGUAUCUAUAACGCCUGGAUGUAUUACUGUAUCUCUAACAUCUGGCUUCAUUACUGUAUCUAUAAUGGCUGGCUUCAUUACUGUAUCUAUAAUGUCUGGCUGUAUGACUGUAUCUAUAACGUCUGGAUGUAUUACUGUAUCUAUAACGUCUGGAUGUAUUACUGUAUAUAUAACGUCUGGCUUCAUUACUGUAUCUAUAAUGUCUGGCUAUACUACUGUAUCUAUAACGUCUGGCUGUAUUACUGUAUCUAUAAUGUCUGGCUGUAUUACUGUAUCUAUAACGUCUGGCUGUAUUACUGUAUUUAUAAUGUCUGUCUGUAUUACUGUAUCUAUAACGUCUGGUUGUAUUGCUGUAUCUAUAAUGUGUGGAUGUAUUACUGUAUCUAUAACAUCUGGCUUUAUUACUGUAUCUAUAAUGUCUGUAUGUAUUACUGUAUCUAUAAUGUCUGGAUGUAUUACUGUAUCUAUAACGUCUGGCUUCAUUACUGUAUCUAUAAUGUCUGGCUGUAUUACUGUAUCUAUAAUGUCUGGCUAUAUUACUGUAUCUAUAACUUCUGGAUGUAUUACUGUGUCUAUAAUGUCUGA